GGGCCCCUCAUGGCCUCAGCAGGAACAGAGCACUACAGUAUUGGCCUCUGCCGGGGCAACAGCUUCAAGCAGAGUGGUCCCUCAGGCACAGUGCCUGCCCUGCCACCAGAGAAACCCUCUGAGGGCAAAGUCUGGUCUCAGGCCCAUCAGCAGGUGAAGCCAGUCUGGAAGCUGGAGAAGAAGCACGUGGGGUCAUUGUCAGCAAGGUUGGGCCCAGGCCUCUUGGGUGUCCCACCCCAGCCAGCAUAUUUCUUUUGUCCCAGCACUUUAUGUAGCUCUGGGACCACAGCUGUCAUUGCAGGCCACAGCAACUCUUGUUACCUGCAUUCUUUCCCGGACUCAUUCAGCAGUACCUUGCUGUACCGCCGCUCCAACUAUAAGCACAAACCAUACCAGCAGCUGGAGUCGUUCUGCUUGCGUUCAAGCCCACCAGAAAGAAGACAUUUUUCUCUCCCUCAAAAGAGCCUCCCUGUCAAUCUCACUGCCAGUAAGGCCACUUCCUCCACAGUCUUCCCCAUGGCCCAGUCUCUGGCGUCUUCAUCUGCAGACCCAUACCUCUCACUGGCAGCAGCUGGAGAAAGCUCUUCAGGGAACAGCCUGGCCGCUGCUGUCUCAGGGAAGAUCCCAUCCCCACUGUCCUCCCCCUACAAGCCCAUGCUGAAUAACAACUCCUUCAUGCGGCCAAAUAGCACUAAAGUGCCUUUAUCACAGGCCACGGGGGGCCUAAAGCCAGUAUCCUCACCCAAGAUCCAACCUGUCUCCUGGCAUCAUUUGGGGGCUAUUGGAGACUGUGCCCCCCCACCUCUUGACCGUAAGAUGCCCCAAAGCACCGGGACUGUCCUAGAUGAUACCACUGCCCAUAUCACCCUAUCUACCCCUAGCUCCCUUGACACAUUCACCACCAGUGUUGCCUCUUCCCAGUACAACUGGAAUAACUUAGCCCCGAGGGCAGAGCCACAUCCCUGUGGCCUGGAUGACAGCUCUAAUUCCCAGGCUCCGACUAAAGCGGUUCGGUUCACUGAGGCUGUGAGGCAGUUGACUGCAAGAGGCUUUGAGGAGAUGCCGAGGCAAGCCUACCAAUUUGAACAGUCUCAUUUCGUGAACCCCAGCUUCCAGUGGAACCUCAGCAGGAACAAGCGGUGGAAACCUCCUGUGGUAGGCCAGCAGUUUCAUCGGAAGGAUGCUGGAUCAGAGGGUAGGAUCCUCCCUGGUGCCUCAGACACCUUGGGGUUGGACAGUCCAGUCUUCUGCACCAAACGUAUCAGCAUUCACCUCCUUGCCUCACAUGCCAAUGGGUUGAACCACAGCCCUGCCUGUGGGUCGCUAAUUGACCCCCCACCACUUGGAGAAGACAAAGCUCCGGUUACCCCUUCUCCUCCUCAGCACCUAGGCGUAGUUGACAUGGCCACCCGCCUCUCUUCGAUCCAUCUGGGCCAGCCUGGGAAGGAAGAGCCUGAGGAAGCCAGGGAGCUGGGCUUACCUUCUAAGGAUAUUGAUUCAACUACUGACAUCCAGCCAGACCAGACUGAGGCUGAAGAUAUAGAAGAAGAACUAGUAGAUGGUUUGGAAGACUGCUGCAGUCAUGAUGAGAAUGAAGAGGAGGAGGGAGACUCAGAGUGCUCCUCAUUUAGUGCUGUCUCCCGCAGCGAGUCAGUGGCAGUGAUCUCUCGGAGCUGUGUGGAGAUUCUGACCAAACCCCUUUCCAGUCAUGAGAAAGUUGUCCGACCAGCCCUCAUCUAUAGUCUCUUCCCCAAUGUGCCCCCUACCAUCUAUUUUGGCACUCGGGAUGAGAGAGUUGAGAAACUUCCCUGGGAGCAGAGGAAACUGCUGCGGUGGAAGAUGAGCACGGUGACCCCCAACAUUGUCAAACAGACCAUUGGACGGUCGCACUUCAAAAUCAGCAAGAGAAACGAUGACUGGCUGGGCUGCUGGGGUCACCACAUGAAGUCUCCUAGUUUCCGGUCCAUUCGAGAGCAUCAGAAGCUAAACCACUUCCCAGGCUCAUUCCAAAUUGGGAGGAAGGACCGGCUGUGGCGGAAUCUGUCCCGCAUGCAGAGCCGCUUUGGCAAGAAGGAGUUCAGUUUCUUCCCUCAGUCCUUUAUCCUGCCCCAGGAUGCCAAGCUCCUGCGCAAAGCCUGGGAGAGCAGUGGCCGCCAAAAGUGGAUUGUAAAGCCACCAGCAUCAGCUCGAGGCAUUGGUAUCCAGGUCAUUCACAAGUGGAGUCAGCUCCCCAAGCGAAGGCCCCUCCUGGUACAGAGGUAUCUACACAAACCCUACCUCAUCAGUGGCAGCAAGUUUGAUCUGCGGAUCUAUGUUUACGUCACUUCCUAUGAUCCUCUGCGGAUUUACCUCUUUUCAGACGGACUCGUCCGCUUUGCCAGUUGCAAGUAUUCCCCUUCCAUGAAGAGCCUUGGCAACAAGUUCAUGCACCUGACCAACUAUAGUGUCAACAAAAAGAAUGCCGAGUACCAGGCCAAUGCGGACGAAACGGCCUGCCAGGGCCACAAAUGGGCUCUGAAGGCUUUGUGGAACUACUUGAGCCAGAAGGGAGUCAAUAGUGAUGCCAUCUGGGAGAAGAUAAAGGAUGUUGUUGUCAAAACCAUCAUCUCGUCAGAGCCUUACGUGACCAACCUGCUCAAGAUGUAUGUGAGGCGGCCCUAUAGCUGCCAUGAGCUCUUCGGUUUCGACAUCAUGCUGGAUGAGAACCUCAAGCCCUGGGUCCUGGAAGUUAACAUUUCCCCAAGCCUCCACUCCAACUCUCCACUGGACAUCAGCAUCAAAGGCCAGAUGAUCCGUGACCUUCUGAACCUGGCGGGUUUUGUUCUGCCCAACGCAGAGGAUAUCAGUUCCAGCUCCAGCAGCUCUAACAGCUCCAGCACCAGCCUACCCAGCUCCCCUAGGGACAAAUUUCGAAUGGCUCCGGAGCAUUUCAAUGCACAGAAGAUGAAGAAAGCCUAUUAUCUGACCCAGAAAAUUCCUGAUCAGGAUUUUUAUGCCUCUGUGCUGGAUAUUCUGACACCAGAUGACGUCCGGAUUCUGGUCGAGGUGGAGGAUGAGUUUUCUCGCCGUGGUCAAUUUGAACGAAUUUUUCCUUCUCGAAUCUCUUCUCGCUAUCUCCGCUUUUUUGAGCAACCACGAUAUUUCAACAUUCUCACCACCCAGUGGGAGCAGAAGUACCAUGGCAACAAGCUCAAAGGAAUAGAUCUGCUUCGGAGUUGGUGCUACAAAGGGUUCCACACAGGCGUUGUCUCUGAUUCUGCUCCGCUGUGGUCUCUCCCAACAUCACUUCUGACUGUCCCAAAGGGUGACAUGAUGCUCAGUGCCUUCAGCAAAUCUGAGACCAGCAAGCUGGGAAAACACAGCUCUUCUGAGGAAAGCCUGCUACUCUCUGAAGAUAGGACCACAUGCAAGCCCAAGAAGACUCAGGCUGGUCUUUCCCCUUUCCCCAGGAAACACAGUUCCUUAAAGGACACUGAGGACACCAGCAAAGAGCCCAGCCUCUCCACCCAGAUGUUACCUGUGAUCAAGGACUCUGGGCGGACUUCAAGGCUUUCUGCUUCCUCUACGUCCCAAUCAACCAGUGACUCUUUCCUGACUGCUGUGAGCCCAUGACUAGCCUCUCUCCACAAGCCCCUGCCGGGGAGCACCAGCAUCAGCUACCUCAUGGGAACCGACCUGCUGACCAGCCUGAAGCCCCUGCCCCCUCCACCUUGUCCCUCAUCAGAGUAUUUUUUGAAGUAGUUGAAUUGCAGAGAUGGAGGGCUGGAGGGAUGGUGGUGCUGGGGAGAAGGUGAGGAAGGUUUACCCCUGUCACCUGUCUGCCUGGCUGGCACCUCAUAAAUCAGCAGAGAAGCCAACCGUGGCCAUGCAGCCUUAUAAAGCAGGGUUUGGUUUCUACC